AUGCAAUUGACGAAUGGGCAGUGGAUACCGCCUCCUGGAUACACAAAAAGUGGCUUGCCUCAUCCACUUAAGCUUAUGCCCACCGACGACCACGUUCACUUUGGCUAUCUGUUGGUGGCUUUGAAAAAGUAUUUUCAAAAAUCUGACUGUUGGCAAUCGUGCAAAGAAGUGUUUUCAAUGGAGUCGGAUGAAGUGCUCAACGGUGGCUCCUGUGUUUGUCAUCGAGUCGACGAAGAUAUGGAUGGAGUUUUGAUGAUGAACUUCUAUAUAAUGGGUGUCUCGAUGAUUCGAGGAGUUCUUUAUUUAUAUGCAAAAGAGGGAGUAGCUGUACACGGAUCUGGGAAAUUCGUCUCACAAUUGGUUCCCAAACUUGUCACUCUUAUUGAUACGGAAAUCUACGAUUUGUUGGGAGAGACGCAAAAACUCGUUGUUUCUUCGCUGAAAAAUAAGGAUGAUGCCGAGAUCAAGAAUCAACUGGACGAAAGUCUCAACACUUUACGAUCGAGGCUUGGUGGG